AUGGUCGGCCCUACAAUUCAGGACGAUCUGUUCUCGAUAUUAACUAGAUUCCGCUCCUUCAAGUACGCCUUGACUGCUGAUGUGAUAAAAAUGUACAGACAGGUACUGAUAGAUCCUGCACAAACUCCUCUCCAACGCAUUUUCUGGCGUGAUUCUCAAGACAAACCAAUCCGAACUUACGAACUUCUUACCGUUACGUAUGGUACUGCAUCUGCUGCCUUUUUGGCUAUUCGAUCUCUAAGAAAGCUAGCUGAAGACAAUUCCGUUAAAUAUCCAAUCGGCUCCAGGACAGUGCUAAACGACUUCUACGUCGACGACUUGGUUUCUGGAGCAGAAACUUUGCAAGAAGCGCUUGCGAUUAAAACAGAAACGUCUCAAUUACUGCUAGAGGGUCUAUUUGAGUUGCACAAAUGGUCUUCCAACGAUUCGGCUCUACUAGAUAACCAAACCCUGUCACAUCAAAAGGAAUUUGUCUUGUCUACUGAUAAGGAAUCUGAGACACGAGCACUGGGCCUUAUUUGGAAUUGCAGCUCUGAUAAUUUUAAAUUCUCCAACUCCACAUCUUUACCACUGUUACAAACGCCAACUAAAAGAAGCAUACUCUCAAGAAUCGCUUUAAUAUUUGAUCCUCUUGGAUUGCUUGGGCCUUCUACAGUCAUCGCUAAACUUAUCAUUCAAGAACUUUGGCGUUUAAGACUGGAUUGGGACGAAUCACUACCUCUCGAUAUUGACACGAAAUGGAAGCGCUACGAAUUUGAGCUAUCAACAGUAACAGACAUAUCAAUACCACGUCGAGUCAUCUCAUUAGAUCAGUACAUCAAUUUAGAGCUUCAUGGUUUUUCUGAUGCCAGCGAGCUUGCCUAUGGAGCGUGCAUCUACUAUAUUUGCGUGCUACUGGCAUUGAUGCUCACUAAUAAGGUUUUAAAAAGCCUAACAUGCAAAAUUGAAUCUGUUUACCUGUGGACUGAUUCCACCAUUGUACUAGCUUGGCUACAGUCUUUUAGUCGCACUUGGACUCCAUUUGUUGCCAACCGCGUUGGUGAAAUCCAACAAUUAACUACUAUUCAAGACUGGCACCACGUCAGUAGUAAAGACAACCCAGCUGAUCUAUUGUCCAGAGGCAUUUCUCCUGCAUCAUUACCUCAGUCACAACUCUGGUGGUCAGGACCCUCCUGGUUAAAUCUCAACAAAGAAGAUUGGCCUCAAUUUCCAUAUUCAACAAACCACCAGGACAUACCUGAAGCCAAAUCCAUUGCCAUCGCCACAGCCACCACCGAAAAGGUUUUCAACAUUUUUGAACAAUUUUCAAGUCUUAUGAAGCUUCUUCGUGUUGUAUCAUACAUUUUUCGAUUUUACAACAAGUUGAAACAAAGGAUCAAACAUACUGAAGCUUCUCAUGUCUACAGCAUCUCACCUAAUGAAAUAGCCCAUUCUAUUCAAGUUUUGACAAGGCUUAUUCAACAAGAGUAUUUCUCUAAAAAACUAGAAUUACUUGCAAAACAGCAAAAUCUUAAUAAGAAUAGCUCUAUUUUACGACUAAAUCCAUUCAUCGACGAAAUAGGGAUUUUAAGAGUUGGUGGUCGACUCAAAUUUUCUCAUCUUCCUUAUGACGCUAAGCAUCCUAUACUGCUUCCUGGUCGCCAUCCCUUUUCGCGUCUCAUUGUUAUUCACGAACAUCAGAGACACUUCCACGCAGGCCCUCAAGCAACAUUGUCUGCUGUACGUCAAAAUUAUUGGCUCGUUUCUGCUAGAGAUGUUACCCGACAAAUCAUACGCAAUUGCAUUGUCUGCAUUCGCAGAUCUCCAAAAAUGGCUUCUACAUUAAUGGGAAACCUUCCUAAACAUAGAAUUACAGUGCCUGAACGGCCUUUUUUCAUAUGUGGCAUUGAUUAUGCUGGUCCUUUUUACAUUAAGGAACCGAAAUCGCAAAAAACGCAAAAUUAG